UGUAACGUGUCGUAAACACUGAGCUGCUUGUUCCGGGUCGUUUCUUCUGGAUUUAAAGCUUUUUUUUAACUGAACUCGUUCUUUAAAAUGAAGAAAUAGAAACAUUACGAUCUGCUUCGAGUUGGUUUCAGACAAGAGGAGACAAUGGAGCAGAAUAUUCAGAGCAUUCCCAUCGACAUCCAGAGCAGUAAACUUCUGGAUUGGCUCCUGGACCGACGCCACUGUGACCUGAAAUGGCAAAACGCAGUGAAAACCAUCCGGGAGAAGAUCAAUGUUGCCAUCCAGGACAUGCCCGAGAACCAGGAGAUCACACAGCUUCUGUCCGGCUCCUACAUUCACUACUUCCACUGCUUGAGAAUCGUGGAGAUCCUCAGGGGAACAGAGGCUUCGUCUAAGAACAUCUUCGGCAGAUAUUCAUCUCAGAGGAUGAAGGACUGGCAGGAGAUUGUGUCUCUUUAUGAAGCAGAUAAUGUCUAUCUGGCGGAGGUCGCCAGUCUGCUGAGUCGCAACGUGAGCUACGAAGGCCCGGCUCUCAGGAAGCAGUUGGCCAAAGCCCAGCAGCUGCAGCAGGAGCUGAGCCGACGGGAGGUGGAGUGUCAGAGCUCAGCGGCCGACCUGAGGGAACGAUACUACGCUGCGUGCAAACAGUACGGCAUCACCGGAGAGAAUGUGGCUCGUGAGCUUCAGGCUCUGGUCAAAGAUCUACCCGCCGUUCUUGAGGAAGUCGGGAAGGAUUCGGGGAAAUUGGAGGAGCAAAUCCGACUCUACGCCACUUUCACAAACUUCGUAUGCGAGUGGUCUGAACCGGUCCUGCCCAUGCUGACGUUCGCCCAGACGAGAGGAAACACAACGUUCUACGAGUGGCGAACAGGGAAAGUCCCCACAGUUGUUGAGAGGCCGGUUGAUGAGGCGGCUCCUUCUGGCUCAGCCACAGACGACAUGAUCGACUGGGGCGACUUUGGACAAGGAGCCGACUCCGCGGGGGUUAAUUCUGGCAUCGCUGUGGAGGAUGGUAUAGACUGGGGUAUCAGCGUGGAGCCAAACUCUGAGGACGCUGGGGCCGGCGGUAUCGACUGGGGCGACAGUGAAGCAGCUCCGAUAGAAAUUGAGAUCGUAGAUGUGGGAACAGACUGUCCAGAGGGCGUGGCCCGGGGGGAGGAUGCUUCCAGUCUGCUGGAGAACUCCCAGUCACGCAGCCAGUUCAUCGAUGAGCUCAUGGAGCUGGAGGUGUUCCUCACCCAGCGCCUCAGUGAGAUGGGAGAAGAGGGAGACGUGGUUUCCAUGAGCCAGUUCCAGCUCGCUCCUUCCAUCAUCCAGAGCCAGACCCAGAAGCACGUCCGGGAGAUGCUGUCCCAGGUGCAGGACCUUCUCCACCGGCUCACCACCCUCCGGAUGCAGCACCUGUUCAUGAUCCAGGCCUCGCCCCGGUAUGUCGAGCGUGUGUCCGAGGUGCUGAGACAGAAGCUGAAGCAGGCAGAGAUCCUGGUGCUGAAGGGAGCCACGAUGGUGGAGAAGAGGCAGGAGGCGCUGGAGGAGCAGUCCAGGCUGGAGCCGCGUGUGGACCUGCUGGCCGGGUGCACCAGAGACCUCCAGAAACUGAUCGAAGCCGACGUUUCAAAGCGAUACAACAACAGACCUGUGAACCUGAUGGGCGUCAGUUUAUAAAGAACGUCAAGACAUUCACAACAAAUAUUUUGUCAUGAUCUUAAAGGAGAAAUAAAAGUGGUAUUUAAUUUACA